UCGGCGCGCAGUGGCCGAGGUUGCACCGCCGCUGCUACCCGAGGAUCCUCCGGCCCGCUGACGUCGCUGGUCUGUUCCCCUCCUGCCCCCCUAUCACCCCCCGGGAGGUCGACGGCGACUGUUCUGUUCGCGAGGGAACCGCGGGGACUGACACGGGAUGUCCAGGCCGACCUCUGACCGCGGGCGUCGCCGCCGCCAGUAAAACGAGACCAGCACCGAGAUAAGAGGCGCGCGCGGACUGACCGACUUCUCCCGCCGAUAAAAGAGAUAACCCUCCUCCCUGGUUUCUUUAUCUUCUUUUUUUUCUCUUUUUUUUCCUUCUUCUAUUCCGCGGGCAACCCGAGGUCCCCGCCGGGAGACGAUGAAGGACCUGCUGGUGACGGCGCUGGUCGCCCUGGCGACGCUGGGCGUCCCGACGCUGGCCGCCGUCAACGGACAGCACGACUUCGACAACACGCUGCAGGCGGCGCCCGCAGGCGGACCCAACGUGUGCCGGUCCAGGCACAGGAUGUACUGCUGCCCCGGGUGGACGAUGAAGCCAGCCACGGGCCUCUGCAUUGUCCCCAUCUGCAUGCGGCCGUGCGCGACGGGCCGCUGCAUCAAACCCAACGUGUGCCUGUGCGAGGGCGGCGCCAUAUCGUCCACCUGCUCCGGCGCCCAGCAGCAGCUGCAGCAACAACACCCGCACUACCAGAUGCCCCAGCGGAAAUCAGACGACGGCACGUGCCAAGGGGCGUGUCUGAACGGCGGGACGUGCAGUGGUUCGCGGUGCGUCUGCAGGCCUGGCUACCAAGGAGAGUUCUGCGGCGAACCCAUCUGCAGAGAGCCGUGCAUCAACGGAGGUCGGUGCAUCGGGCCCGACAGAUGCGCCUGUGUGUACGGGUUCACGGGUCGUCGUUGUGAAGCAGAUUACCGCACGGGGCCGUGCUACCGGCGCGUCAAGAACGAGCUGUGCCAGGCGCAGCUGGAGGGCGUGGUGUGCACCAAGCAGCUGUGCUGUGCCACGGUGGGCCGCGCCUGGGGACACCCCUGCGAGAAGUGCCCCGCGCAGCUCCCCUGCGACCAGGGCUUCAUCAAGAACCUGCACAGCGGGCAGUGCGUGGACGUGGACGAGUGCGAGGCGAUCCCGGGGCUGUGCCAGGGCGGCCGCUGCGUCAACAGCCCGGGCUCCUUCGCCUGCGAGUGCCCCGAGGGCCAGGCCCGCGACGCCGACACCAACGAGUGCGGGGACCGGAACGAGUGCCUGGACGAGGGCGUGUGCGAGGACGGCACGUGCGUCAACACCGACGGCAGCUUCUACUGCGCGUGCGACCAGGGCUUCAUCCCCAGCCAGGACCGCAAGAGCUGCAUCGAUGCGCGGCAAGGCAGCUGCUACACGUCGCUGUCGCGCGGCGGCCAGUGUCGCAACAGGCUGCCCAUCCGGCUGUCCAAGAAGGACUGCUGCUGCGGCAUGAACAUGGGCAAGGCCUGGGGCGACAACUGCGACGUCUGUCCGGCCACGGGAGAAGAAGCGUACGUGCGGCUGUGCACGGGGCCCGGGGAGCUGGUCACGCCCAUCGACGAGUGCGCGCUCCGAGAGAACAUCUGCGGCAGCGGCGACUGCAUCGACACGCUGGAGGGCUACCGGUGCGAGUGCCACCCCGGCUUCCGCAAGGGACAGUCCGAAGUGUGUGAAGAUAUUGACGAGUGCAGUGAGCUGGACUACUGUCGGGGAGGCACGUGCAACAACCUGCCUGGAAGCUUCAACUGCAUCUGUCCUCCAGGGUUCGACGUCUCUUCCGACGGCAAGAUAUGCACAGAUCACAACGAAUGCGGCGAGACAGGAAUGUGCGCAAAUGGUCUCUGCCUCAACAUGGACGGCUCGUUCAGGUGUCAGUGCAACAAUGGCUACAUACUGUCCCCCACGGGACACGCUUGCAUCGAUAUCGACGAGUGCUACGAGAACCCGCGCAUCUGCCUGAACGGGCGCUGCGACAACGUGCCCGGGUCGUACCGCUGCGUGUGCCAGCCGGGCUUCCAGCCGUCCCUGGACGGGACCUUCUGCGUGGACCUGGACGAGUGCGCAGAGACGGGCAUGUGCGACAACGGGAAGUGCGUCAACAUCGACGGCUCGUUCAAGUGCGUGUGCGACUCCGGGUACCGGCUGGGACCCGACAGGAAGACCUGCAUCGACAUCGAUGAGUGCAUCAGCAGUCCAUGCCAGCACGGCAAGUGCAUCAACUCGCAAGGGAGCUUCCACUGCGAGUGCCUGCAAGGGUUCGACCUGGGACCGGACGGUCGCUCCUGCCUCGACUCGCGCCGGGACCUGUGCUACUCGCAGUACCGCGACGGGCAGUGCCUCAACCCCACGGCCGUGCCGGUGACCAAGUCGUCAUGCUGCUGCUGCACGGUGAUCCUCGGCCAGCCGAUGGGCUGGGGGACCCCGUGCCAGCCGUGCCCCGCGCAGGGCACGCUCGAGUUCGAGGCUCUGUGCCCGCACGGCGCGGGCAUGACCUACAACGGCGACGACAUAAACGAGUGCGCCCAGAACCCCGGUUCGUGCCAGAACGGGGCGUGCGAGAACCUGAUGGGAACGUACCGGUGCAUUUGCAACCCCGGGUACCAAGUCGACAGCUCCGGCAAAAACUGCAUCGACAUCAACGAGUGCGAGAUCGAUGACCUGGUGUGCAGCGGGGGCCAGUGUCGCAACACCCCGGGCAGCUUCCAGUGCGUCUGUCCCGCCGGGACGCAGCUCAGCCCGAUCACGCAGGUGUGUGAGGACGUGAACGAGUGCCGCGAGCACGGCGAGGAGGCGUGCAUGAAUGGCGACUGCAUCAACACGCUCGGCUCGUACGAGUGCGAGUGCGAGGCGGGGUUCAUACUCGACAACACGGGGCGGAUAUGCAUCGACAACCGGCGGGGCUCGUGCUGGACCCGGAUGGUGGGCGGCCGCUGCGAGAACAACAUGCCGGUGCUGGCGCUGGAGUCGGAGUGCUGCUGCUCUGUGGGCAUGGCCUGGGGCAGCCCCUGCCAGCCGUGCCGCCGGCACCUCUGCGACUGCCCCCGGGGCUACGCCAAGAUCGACGGGAAGACGUGCACGGACAUCAACGAGUGCCACCUGCACCCGGCCAUCUGCAGAGGAGGGGGUACCUGCGUCAAUACGGACGGCUCGUUCACCUGCAGCUGUCCGCCCGGGCUGACGCUCGACGCCACGUCAGGUACCAAGUGCCUCGACGUGCGUCAGGAGUCGUGCUACACCGAGUACCGCCACGGGGCCUGCGCCAGCCCCAUCGAGGGCGUGUUCUCGCGCGGCGUGUGCUGCUGCUCCCCGGUGGGGCGGGCCUGGGGAGGGGGCGACGCCAAGUGCGAGCCCUGCCCCCGGCCGGGGACCCCCGCCCACGCCGAGCUCUGCCCCCGGGGCACGGGCUUCGUCGACCGCAAGGACAUCAACGAGUGCACCGAGUUCCCGGGCAUGUGCAGCAACGGCCGGUGCAAGAACACCGUCGGGGGCUUCAACUGCCGCUGCAACCAGGGCUACACGCUCGACGAGUACGGCAUCAAGUGCAUCGACAUCGACGAGUGCAACAUCAUGCACGGCGUGUGUGGUGACGGGACGUGCCGGAACACGCCCGGGAACUUCAUAUGCGACUGCAAAGAAGGAUUCGAGAGUAACAUGAUGAUGCAGGUGUGCAUGGACAUCAACGAGUGCGAGCGGACUCCGGGCCUCUGCCGCGGGGGUGUGUGCGUCAACACGCCGGGCAGCUUCCGCUGCGAGUGCCCGCCCGGCCACGAGUUAGCCCCGGACAAGAAGGCGUGCAAAGAUAUCGACGAAUGCUCUCGCACAAGUGGAAUCUGCUCCAACGGCGUGUGCGAGAACAUGAUGGGAACGUACCAGUGCGUGUGCGACGACGGCUACCAGCAGACGGGGCAGAAGUCGCACUGCGAAGACAUGGACGAAUGCGUGGAAGGUAACGGGGGCUGCGAUGAUAUCUGCAUGAACACCCCUGGGAGCUACACCUGCAUGUGUACCGCCGGCCACAUGCUGCUGCUGGACGGACGCAGCUGCACCGACGUCGACGAGUGCAAGGAGAACCCGCGCGUGUGCAACGGGGGCAGGUGCACCAACCUGCCGGGCAGCUACUCCUGCAAGUGCACCGACGGCCUGGUCGUGGGCCCGGGGGCCACGUCCUGCCUGGACGUGAACGAGUGCGAGACGAAGGAGAACGUGUGCGUGAACGGGGACUGCGAGAACACGCUGGGAUCGUUCAUGUGCCGCUGCGAGGAAGGGUACUCGGCCAAGCCGGGCAACGGCCCGGGAUGCACGGACGACGACGAGUGUGAGCUGGAGACGUACGCCUGCGACAUCAACGCAGACUGCGUCAACACCUUGGGAUCAUACGAGUGCCAAUGCCAAAUUGGCUUCACUGGCAACGGAGUGACUUGCCGUGACGUCAACGAAUGUCUAGUCAACAACGGAGGCUGUGAUCAAAAUGCUCAGUGCAUAAACACUGAAGGUUCUUUUAAGUGCGUCUGCGACGCCGGGUUCCAAGGGGACGGUCACCAGUGCCAAGACAUCGACGAGUGUUCGAACAACGCUGCCCUCUGCGAGAACGGACACUGCCUCAACUACCCGGGCUCGUUCCGCUGCGAGUGCGAGAUGGGGUUCAUGCACCCCGACGAGCGGAAUGAUCAGGCGUGUGUCGAUAUUAAUGAGUGCCAGAUGUUCAACAACCUUUGCGUUUUUGGCCGCUGUGAAAACAUCUUUGGGAUGUUCAGAUGUGAGUGCGACGAGGGAUAUGCUCUGGACGGAUCUGGAGGGAACUGCACCGACGUGAACGAGUGCGAGAGCCCGCAGGCGUGCCUGUACGGCACCUGCAUCAACACCCAGGGCAAGUUCAUCUGCCAGUGCCCGCCCAACUACGAGCUGGUCGAAGCAGGCAACGCCUGUGUAGACAGGCGGGAGUCGCGCUGCUACCAGGACGUGGAGGAGUGGUCGGGCCGGCGGCGCUGCGUCAAGGAGAUGGGGGAGGCCAUGACGCGCGCCACCUGCUGCUGCAGCGUGGGCAGGGCCUGGGGCCCGCGCUGCGAGCUGUGCCCCGCCGACGGCUCGGAGGAGUUCAAGGCGCUGUGCCCGGGCGGGCCCGGCUACCGGCCCAACAGUGUCACGGUGGUGCUGGAAGACAUCAACGAAUGCGAGGAGCACGAAAACCUGUGCCGUAACGGCCACUGCACGAACACGUUCGGGAGCUACAUGUGCCUUUGCAAUGACGGUUUCCGGCUGGACCUCUCCAACACGCUCUGUGUAGAUAUCAAUGAAUGCCAAGAGGACCUGGACAUCUGUGGGGUUGGUACGUGCUUGAACGAGGAAGGCAGUUUCAGCUGCCUCUGUCCACCGGGGUACAUGCUGCUUCCCAACGGCAAGGAGUGCAUCGACACGCGCAAGGACAAGUGCUACAUGGAGUACAGCGACGGGGGCUGCACGCAACCCCUCUCGCUCAGCAGCACGCGCAUGAUCUGCUGCUGCUCCAUGGGCGCGGCGUGGGGCGAGCCCUGCGAGGAGUGCCCCCUGCCGCGCACGCAGGAGUACAGGAGGCUGUGUGGUUCGCCCGAACAGGGGAUGUUUGUCAACCCCAUGACAAACCGCACCGAGGAGAUAGACGAAUGCAACCUGAUGCCGACCAUGUGCUCCCACGGCUCCUGCAUCAACACGCCUGGCAGCUUCGAGUGCCAGUGCAAUCGGGGCUUUGUCUACGACACUAACGUGCACCAGUGCAUAGAUGACAAUGAGUGUCUCCGAGUGCCUAGCCCCUGUACGGGAAAUGCACAGUGUGUGAAUCUGCCUGGAUAUUUUGAGUGCCAGUGUCCUUCCGGAUACAAGCUAGGAAUGAGCAUGAGGGACUGUGUUGAUAUCGACGAGUGCUCGGAACGCUCGGGGAUGUGCAGCAACGGGGAGUGCAACAACUUCCAAGGCAGCUUCCAGUGCAUGUGCCGCAGCGGGUACGCCCUCACGCCCAGCCGCGAGUCCUGUGUGGACGUGGACGAGUGCCAGCGGCAGCCCAACACCUGCAACAACGGCACCUGCAUAAACUCCAUCGGCUCCUACAAGUGCAACUGCUACCCCGGCUUCAAGCUGAGCCAGAACAACGACUGCAUUGACAUUGACGAGUGUCGGAUAAUGCCGUUUUUGUGUCGGAAUGGUCGCUGCCGUAACGUGAUUGGCUCGUUCAAUUGCGAGUGUGUGGAAGGCUACGUUCUAGCAGCCGAUGGCCAGCACUGUAGGGAUGUGGACGAGUGUCUUGAGGUGCCUGGAACGUGUCCUUCGCCCGGAAAGUGCCAGAACCUCAUGGGCUCGUACGUGUGCACGUGUCCUCCGGGUUACGAGCUGGGCGUCGACGGGAACUCCUGUGAAGACGUGAACGAGUGCGUGGAGAACCCCGGCAUCUGCGAAGAGGGGGAGUGCUUGAACACGGACGGCGGGGUGAUGUGCGAGUGUCCGGAAGGAUACGUCCUCAGCGAGACAGGCAUGAAGUGCAUCGACAUCAGGGAGGAGUUCUGCUACGACACUUUCAACAGAGGGCAGUGCGCCAACCCACGCCAGGAGCCGAUAACCGUGAAGAAGUGCUGUUGCUCCAUGGGAGCGGCGUGGGGACAGUACUGCGAGCAGUGCCCGCCACCACAUUCUGAGGCGUUCCUGAGGCUGUGCCCCCAAGGGCCGGGCCGGGGCGACACCGGGGAGGACCUCAACGAGUGUUCCUUCAUGCCCGGGGCCUGCGACGGGGGCGACUGCAUCAACACCGACGGCUCCUUCAGGUGCGAGUGUCCGGCAGGUUACGUCUUGGAUUCCACGGGCAAGAAAUGCAUCGAUGACAAUGAGUGCCUGAGCGUUGCCAGCGUAUGUGGCAACGGAACAUGUACGAAUGUUGAGGGUGGUUUCGAAUGCGCGUGCAACGACGGGUUUGCACCUGGCCCGAUGCAGGUGUGCGAAGACAUCAACGAGUGUCUGGAAAUGGGUAACCAGUGCGCGUUCAGGUGCCACAACGUCCCUGGAUCCUUCCGCUGCAUCUGUCCGUACGGCUACGCGCUUGCACCGGACGGAAGGCACUGUCAAGAUGUUGAUGAGUGCAUGACACCUGCCAACAACUGCAAAUUUAUGUGCAAGAACCUGAUUGGUACAUUUGUGUGCAUUUGCCCUGAUGGGUUCCAACAAGUCGGCCUCACCGACGACUGCCGUGACGUGAACGAGUGUUCAACCACUCCAGGCAUUUGUCGCAAUGGGAACUGUGUGAACCUCCAUGGCAGCUAUCGAUGCGACUGCUUCGAAGGAUUUGUACCCAGCCAUGAUCGGAAGCAAUGCAUAGACCAGCGCCAGGGCUACUGCUUCCGCCAGCUGACGGGCGGACGCUGCACGUCGCACACGGGCGGGCUCAUGUCCGUGACGCGCGCCGACUGCUGCUGCACCAUGGGCGCGGCGUGGGGCCCCCAGUGCGAGCCCUGCCCCUCCCCCGCCUCGGAGGACUACCAGGAACUGUGCCUCGAGUCGGGCUACGCCGUCGACGGCCACGACAUUGACGAGUGCAACACCAUCCCGGACCUGUGCCGUAAUGGCCGCUGCAUCAACACGCUGGGAUCUUAUCGCUGCAUCUGCAACAAGGGUUACAAACCAGAUGCCAGUGGUACCAGAUGUCGAGACGUGAACGAGUGCGAGCAGAUGCCGUCGCCGUGCAAGUUCGCGUGCCAGAACACGGACGGCAGCUACGUGUGCUCCUGCCCCGCCGGCUUCGUGCUCAACCCGGACGGCAUCAGCUGCCGCGACCUGGACGAGUGCGCCACGGGCCGCCACGUGUGCCAACACGAGUGCGUCAACACCCAGGGCAGCUACAAGUGCUCCUGCCCCGAGGGGUACAACCAGCAAGGGGACCAGUGCACGGACAUCGACGAGUGCGUGGAGCACACGGGCACCUGCCCCCCGCCCGGGAACUGCAUCAACACGCUGGGCAGCUUCAAGUGCAUCUGCCCGCGGGGCUUCAAGCUCGACUCCACCGGGACCUUCUGCACCGACAACGACGAGUGCACGGACGACUCCAAGUGCCAGUACGGCUGCCAGAACAUGGUCGGAGGUUACCGGUGCGCCUGUCCAGACGGCUACAUCCAGCACUUCUACUACAACCAGUGCAUCGACGACAACGAGUGUGCCAACAGCCCGUGCGGUUCAAACACAUGCAUCAACACCCAGGGCAGCUACCGGUGUGGCUGCCCUGACGGCUACCAGUACGACAACGCGCUUCUCGUGUGCAUUCAGGUGAGCUCCGGCUGCUCCGGGAGCCCGUGUGCGUUCGGCUGCACCUCGCUCGGGGGCAACAGCUUCACCUGCGGCUGCCCCACGGGCUACCAGCGCAUCGGCCAGGGCCACUGUCUCUCCACCAUCAAUCCACUGUCGGGCGACUACACCGCCAUCGGAGAGGACAUUGGUAAUGUUCCCACAUACCCCAUAGAUCCUGCAGAAAACUACCAAGUGCCAGACGAUAAGCUCAUCUCUACAGAAGGCUGUUUCUCCUGCAAGGUGAACGGCAGGCACAAACGAUCGCCACAGCUGCAAAGGAGUAAUCAAACAGCAGUGUCGGACAGUUGGAAGAAAAUAUUCGGUAAAAGAUUUGUAAGCGUAACAAGAAACGUUUCGUCAUCAGAGAAGAUUGCUGGAUUACCAUCGAGACCAUUUUUAAAGGUUCACAAGCGAAACCUGAAGAAGAGGAAAGUAAGACAUCACCAUGACGACGAGCAAAUUGUUCUGGAGGUUAACGUCGACCAGACAAAACAUCGCAAGAGGAUAAUCAAGCUACUACCGGCAGUUAAGAACGACUUUGAAUACGUCAUAUCGCUCGGCAACAAGAACAAUCAGUUUGAAAUGGUGAAGAAACACGGAGUGUGGGCCCUCCACUUCCGCCGACGGCUCAAACACCCUGGGGUGUUUGACCUGGAGGUAGACAGCCGCCCGGCUAACCACAGCGUCGAUUCUAAUGACGUCUGGGAGAAACCGCUGUCUUUGCGAGUUAGGAUCAUCGUAACUGGAUAACCAGAACUAUAAGACCACCGCGCACUGACUUUUACGAAGUACUCUCUCAAACCUUCAUGUGAGUAAGCUUCACACUGCACUGGGUGUACUUCCAAGAAAAAAAUGGAAUGUUGUUGAUGCUGUAAUUCGUUAAAUGCCUUACUCUUGAGAAGAGGAUAUAUAUUUAUAUUUUUGGUAAAAGACUUUAUCAAAAAAAGAAUUACUGUUUAUUUCACGAUUAUGUUCAAUAAUACUGACAGUAAUAUUAGAUGUCUUGUAACUAUAAAUGUAUAAUAUAUGUUGUAAUUUUCUGUUGGAGAGAUAUAGCUUGUUAUUUGUUUGGCAGUCCGUCCAGCAACGGAGGUAUGAAUCUUUCUGGAUACAUAUGAGAGCACCAAGUUUAUUUCACUUUAAUUUUAAAAAGUAUGUUGUUUUUCUCACACAUGUGAGGCAAAAAAUUCAAGCGUAAAUGUUAUCAAUGACAGUAAAUUCAUCAGAUAGCUCCAAUGUUCAAAAUAAAUUUUUAAAAAUGUUGUUUUUGAGAAACUUUAGAGUAAUUAGUUUACAAACAAUUACAUUUAUUGCUGUUUAAAAUUUAACUCUAUGUUGGAAUCAUUAAAAUUCAAUUUUACAGUCAGGUAAAAUCAAAAGCAUGUAGAAGGAAAAUUCAAGUACUAGGCAUGUCUGUGAAGAUAUUCGAGUCUCAUUUUGGAUUGCGACAAAUUAUCAUAUUGUGCAUUUCAAUACAAUUUGUUCAGCAAAGAAGAAGUUGUGAAUCCUUACUAAUCAGGAUAGUUACAUACAAAAAAAAAGAUGUAUCAUCAACUGAAUAUGUUAUUUUCUGUACAGUAUUCAAUCAAAAUACUUCUGACAACAUAAACUCAUUUGACUUGGCCAAAUGCUGAACCAAGUUAGGAGCCAUUUUAAACUUAAAUAAGGAUUACUUAGGUUCCAAAGGAUGUGCAAAGAUGCAUACAGAAAAAAAUUGAAAAAAAAAAAAAAAAAAUAACUGUUCAGCUUACUGAAUUAGUUUAAUGCAACUAUUGCUUUAAUGAAAUUUGAAUCACUACUUAAAAUUGUGUUUUUUAACUAUAACAAAUAACUAAUUCCUGUGUUAUUUUUAUAAUAAUGUAAAUUCGUAAAAAAAAAUAUGUUUUUAAUAUGACAAGUAAAUUUACAGUUUAACAUAUUUUAUUUCAGUUGAACAUGCAGUAAAUAAACAUAUAUACUUUUAAAAAGUCUAAAUGAACUUAAGUAAAAAGAGUUGCUUUCUAUAGGCCUACGAGCCCAAACUUAAAUUUAGUAUAGAACUUCAAAACAAAUUUUGUAAGAAGCACUGAAGCAAAUGUUCAGCCAAAAAAAUAACAUUCACAUUUCAGCAUUGCAAACAUGUUGAAAUAAUUUUAAAUGCUAAUGCUUUUUUUCUGAAACACUAUGCAUAUUGGCAUUAUAUUUUCAUUCACAUUAUCUAACCUUUUGUUUAGGAUUGAUUAUACAAGAUAACUAAGUAUUUGUUAAUUUUAAUAAGAGAGUUGUUUUUAAUAUUGUCUAUUUGUUAAAUAACUUGCUAAUUAAUUUUUUUUCUGAAACAUGUUAUUCAAAACUGGUUUGACCACAUGAAAACAAUUAUGUGUGCAGUACUAGUGAAGUUCUAAUCAUUGGGCCUCAAAUUGCACUUAUACAAUGCUGUAUAAAAUCUAACUAAAUAUCUUGAGUUGCAAAAUUUUUAGCAUAAAAAAAUUCUAAAAAUAAUCCAUGCAAAUAAAACUUUUGUUCAUGUAGGAGCUGUAUUUAUGGAACACUCAAAGGGUUUGUAAAAAAAAAAAAUGAAGAUGGCAUUGCACGUUACAUUGAACAUGUAACCAAACAGCUUGAUCACAGCAAAAGCUCCAUGUCUUGUAUAGUGAUAAAGCCUUAUGGUCGAAAUGGUUGUUAAAUAAUUUUCACAGGCGUUGAUAAUGGCAGUUUUAUUUUCAUAAUUUUUUAUUAUUAAAUUACAGAAUGUACACAUUUAAAAUCCUUUAAUUUUUUUCACUUUUAAGAGGUGCCCAUCAAAUGUUUCAUUUAAAUAUCUGAACCUAAUUAAACACUUGUUUUUUAACCUUUGUUUUUAUAAAAAAAAUAUUUACACAGUUUGCUUGUUAAAAGGAAACUUUUAAAAAAUUAUUAAAAAUUAUUUUUGUUGCAAUUGUUACUUUGCAAGAAAGAAAAAUUAACAUUUUAAAAAUGACGAAACAAAACUGUUUACAAAUAAAAUACUGAAAGGAAUUAUCCACACCUGUGAGAACUUGAAAUGCUUGGUUUUGUAAUAGUAACUCCACACUGCCAAAAUUGUUUGCUUUUUAAUGUAGACAAUUUUCCACAUAUUUCUAGUGAACGUUGUAAUAUAUUUUAUGUGAUAGUAUUAUUUGUUUUUUUUUUCUCUAGUUGUUAACAUUUAACUUCUUAUUUCAGAUUUUAUAAAUAUUUUAGGAGUUAUUUAUAUGAUGUAACUUUAUUAAAGAAAUUGUGUAAUUGUUUAUGUAAUGUCUAGAUUAAUUAUAAAAAAAUUACAG